AUGGUCGGAUCGAACAGAGAUGAGAAUUGGCACGGUCAACUUUCUUGCUUGGUGGCAUACAUUUUCUGCAAAGCCAGACAGGAUGGGAGAAAAAAGUCCACCCGAAGCUGUCUGGGACACAGUCACUGCAUGACUGCCAGACCCAGCGUUCGAAUACCAGUAACUGAUGGCAUGUCCAGGGAUGAAUCCCGAGGUCUUGUCCAUGCUCAGCACUGGUUUACAGAUGUUUCAUGGCCAGAGGCCUAUCGUGCUAUUGUGUCAGGAGGCGAGCAUCCUGGUAAUUUGCUGCCUAGUUCGGCCUGA